AUGUCAUCCAGAAUUACUCGCUCCUCCGCGAGACUUGCUACAGAACAUCCUCCGGCGGAGUCUGAUACACCGCUUCCCGCCGGAUCGACCUCCUCCCGGAAACGCAAAGCGUCAUCUCGUCACGACCGCCCAGCAGACGCUCCGCCCCAACCAGCGGUGUCGUCACCAUCAAGGAAAACAAAGCGACCGCGGACUGCAGCGCAGACAGCUCCAUCAACCGGUCCUGGUGCAGCUGCACCCCGUCGAGGCGCCCGUAGCCGCCCAGCCAUGUCACAACCUGGGCCUUCGUCACGACCUUCUGAGGAAUCGUCCAAAUCAACAGUGACUCCGCAGCCGACCCGCCGAAAGUCCAGCCGCAAUGAACGCCCUGGCACGACGGCUCAAUCCCCGCCCCCUCGCCGUCAGAAAAAGCGAUCCGCAAAACCAAAUGCCGAUGUCAUAAUGCGAGACGCGGAGGAGGAAGUUGAGGAAGAAGAUCUUGAGGAGGAGGAUGACUCUCAAACAGGACAGAGCCAUGAUGAUGCCAACCCGUCGGCAUAUGACGAAGAAGAUGACAUGGACCCAUUCAGCAGUAGUCUCUUUGGUGGCCGAGCCCCGAUGGGACUGCAAAGCACACUCCGGGCGCUCAGUGGGAUGAUGGCAGGCCCCUCUACUCGGUUCCGGGACAUACUCUGCAACCUCAGGGCAAAAGAUGACCCAUCCCUUCAGCUGUGUGCGCUUCAAGAGCUGUCAGAUACCUUGCUUAUCUCGAAUGAGGAUAACCUGGCUGGUCAGUUCUCGCCUGACCCGUACGUGAAGGAGCUUGUGACUCUCAUGCAACCAAAUCAAUUUGGUGAGGAGAACCCCGAGAUCAUGCUCCUCGCAUGUCGGUCUCUUGCAAACUUAAUGGAAGCCCUGCGGGGCUCCGUUGCGAAUGUUGUUUAUGGCGGCGCUGUACCGAUCCUGUGCCAAAAACUUCUUGAUAUCCAGUUCAUUGAUCUGGCUGAACAGGCCUUGAGUACCCUGGCCAAAAUUUCCGUUGACUUCCCUGCCUCUAUUGUGCGUGAAGGUGGCUUGACGGCCUGUCUUACCUAUCUUGACUUCUUCCCUACCAGCACCCAGCGAACAGCGGUAACGACGGCUGCAAACUGCUGCCGGAACCUGCCCAAUGGCUCGUUCCCCGUGGUGCGGGACGUAAUGCCCACUCUUUUGAAUGUUCUUUCUAGCAAUGAUCCUAAGGUCGUGGAGCAGGGGUGCCUCUGUGUAUCGCGGAUCGUUGAAAGUUUCAAGAACCGACCUCAGAACCUCGAGGAACUCAUUGAGCCCGCGAUGCUCAAAGCCGUUCUCCGGCUCUUGCUGCCGGGGACAACCAACUUGAUUGGACCUCAUAUUCACACUCAAUUCCUUAGGGUAUUGGCUAUCACCUCUAAAACAAGCCCACGGCUGUCCAACGAGCUUCUCAAAAUGGACGUGGUCGACACUCUCUAUCAGAUCUUGACUGGCGUAUCUCCCCCACAGGACGUGGACAAUACAGCCGUUAAGAUGGACAGUGUUCUGGUCAUGCAGGCACUGAUCCACCGUCCACGGGAGCAGGUUUAUGAAACUUUAAAUGUUAUCUGCGAGCUUCUUCCGGGCGUCCCUAGCCGCGAUGCUUCGAAAACGGACAACCUCCUGAGCACUUACUUUGACAGCCAUAUGUCAAUUGGCCUGAGAUCACCCAAAUCAAAAGAAAAUGUGGAAGACAGACGAUCAUUGCUUGAAGAUUGCAAGAACGAAUUGAAGCGUUUUGCGAUGAUCCUGUUUCCCACACUCACUGAUGCUUACUCGAGCACGGUCAACUUGCAUGUCCGCCAAAAGGUCCUCAUUGCACAGUUGAAGAUGUUACACAUUCUGGAGCCCUCGUUGAUUGAGGAUGCUCUUCGUACUGUUCCCUAUCCAUCUUUCUUGGCUUCUAUCCUCUCCCAGCAAGAUCAUCCCUCCCUUGUAUCUUUGGCGCUGCGUUGCUCCGAGCUCUUAUUCCAGCGACUUGAAAAUGUUUACCAGCAUCAAUUCCAUCGUGAAGGUGUCAUUUCUGAGAUUAUAAAAUUGUCUGAAGGAACUCUUUCCGAGGGCAGAGAAGCCGAUUCAUCUGACCCGACAGUCAUGGAUACCACUGCGGACUCGUCUCACGUAGUUCACAGGGAGUCAGGAACCGAGCGAGACGAUGACGACAAUGAAGAUGAGGAUCCCGAUGACUUUGAUGAUGAAGGCGAGGAUGACGAUGGUGAAGACAUGUCGGAUUCCGAGGAUGAUGCGCCGACCCCACGCAAUCUGCAAAAACUAGAGACUGCUCUCAAUGAUGUUGUCAUUCGAGAUGCUCAAGCUUUCCUUGAGGUCUACGAGGCUAGUCAUGGCGAAACCGUUCGCGCAGAAGCCCUACGUAUCCUGACUGCGCUCAAGUCCCUUGCCUCUGAAAUCCGAUCUCGGUACGAGCACGGGGCCGACGGCGGCCUUGCUUUGUUCAAACAACUUGCCUCUUACUUUGACGGAGAGGCUUUGGAGAGUAUCACGAGUUCUGAGUUGUUGAACUCUGGCAUCAUACAGGUUCUUCUUGACGUUCUUGGAAACCACCAAGCUCCCUCCAUUCGCGAUGCCCGAGCUGCCUUCUUGCAAGCAUUCAUGGGAGUUUCGAUUUCGGAUAAAGCCCAGAGCCAAAGCACAGCCACGACUCCCUUCAGUGUUCUUAUUCGGAAACUUCAGGAUUUACUCAGCAGGACGGAACAUUUCGAAGUUCUUACCAUCAGCCACAACUCAUUGGAAAACACCCGUAACAAUGCAGCAUACAUGCUCUCUAAACAGUUGCGCCUGAAGUUGAUUGCCGAAGAUGACUCACAGAUUCCUCGCCCCUAUCGAAACAUCAUGGUGUCGAUCCAUGCCAUUGCUCCUUUCCAUGCUUUGGAUGAUUUCCUUCACCCACGGAUCGCCCUCGCCGAAAAGCCCCGCUCAUCUCGCUCCAACCGUGACACCAUUCUCUCCCAACUUGCGACGGCUGCCCGACUCCGUGAUCAGUUGGCCUCUGGGUCUGGAGCUGUGCCUGGUCGCACAGGCCUACUUGGAUCCAAUGCCGAUCAAUCCGGAGACGCACUUCACUCUCCCAGCACACGCCACCGACACCGUCGACAAGCACACACACAGGAAGACGAGGACGAGGACCACGAUGAUGAGCCGCUUGAAUGUGCCGACGAAAGACAAUUGACCGACGAAGAUGAGGAUGGCGGUGAAGAUGAAGAUGAAGAACUCAACGCCAUUGAUGACCUUGAUGAGGACUUGGAAGUGGACAACGUCUCUGACCCCUCCGCCGUCAACAUGGAGGUUGGAACCGAGGGCAAAGUCACUGCUCGCAAGGAGGACGGCACUCGAAUUGGAACACCAUCUCAUACAACAGGUGGACCAAAGCCUUCUUCGUCCGCGCCGACCCCUCAUUCUCACAGCCGCAGCAACAGCUCGUUGGCAAAUGCUGGGCGUCCCUUCUCAUCCUACGCUGCAGCUACGGCCUCGGUUCCCCAGGAUUGGCAUUUGGAAUUCUUUGUGGACGGCAAGAACGUGGAUCUCGAGACGACUAUCUAUAGGGGUGUUCACCACGACCGUGAAGAUCUGGACGAGGCUAGCGCUAAGAACGUUUGGUCUUCUGUCCACACCAUCACAUACAAGCGUGUCCCGGGGCCCCCACCUCCCGAGCCAUCCACCCUGCCUUCAACAUCCCAAGCCGCCUCUUCUCAAGGAGAUUCUCUUGACAUCCCGAGCUCCCUAAGCAAAGAUGCCACUACCGCAUCUAUCAUUCGUCUUCUUCGCGGGUUGCAUGAAAUGAAUGCCACUAUCGAUGAUAUCUUAACGGAUGUCAAAGACGUAGCUCCCAUCACCUCGGAACCGUUGGCCCAAUUUAUCAACACCAAGCUCACCGCAAAAAUCAACCGACAAUUAGAAGAGCCAUUGAUUGUGGCAAGCGAUUGCCUUCCAACUUGGAGUGAGGACCUUGCAAGACUCUUCUCUUUCCUAUUCCCAUUCGAGACCAGGCAUUUGUUCUUGCAGUCCACUGCCUUUGGUUAUUCGCGCGCAAUGCUCAGGUGGCAAGCCUCUGUGAGUGGUCAGGACAGCCAGCGGGAUCUGCGCCGUGACGAUCGCCCAUUCAUGGGCAAAUUGCAACGCCAAAAAGUUCGAAUCUCUCGUACACGCAUCUUGGAUUCCGCGCUGAAGGUCAUGGAGCUUUACGGGUCUUCACCAAGCAUUCUCGAAAUUGAAUAUUUCGAAGAAGUUGGAACUGGAUUGGGACCAACUCUUGAGUUUUACUCCACAGUCUCCAAGGAGUUCUCAAGAAAGAAACUCAAAAUCUGGCGAGACACUGAUGGUAGCUCUGAGGCAGAGUAUGCUUUCGGUAAACGCGGCUUAUUCCCGGCACCAAUGAGUGAUCAGCAGGCAAACGAGGACAACGGCAAGAAGCAGUUGAAUAUCUUCAAGGUCCUUGGAAAAUUCGUUGCCCGUUCCAUGCUUGAUUCCCGAAUCAUUGAUAUCUCCUUCAACCCGGCUUUCUUCCGCAUCGCAGACACAAUGUCCUCUGUCGCCCCCUCUUUGGGAACUGUCAAAGCAGUUGAUCAAGACCUUGCAAAGUCUUUGAUCAUGUUGAAGCAAUUUGUCAAUGAAAAGAACGCGGUUGAAAAUGAUGACCGACUCUCGCCUAACCAAAAAGCUGAGGCUCUGCAAGAUAUCACAGUCCACGGUGUCAAGGUUGAUGACCUGAGUUUGGAUUUCACACUACCAGGAUACCCAUCUAUUGAGUUGAUCCCCGGCGGUACCGAUGUUCCACUGUCAAUUGAAAACGUGGACACCUACAUCGACCGGGUGAUCGAUAUGACCUUGGGCAGUGGUGUGCGUCGCCAGGUCGAGGCUUUCCGCACAGGAUUCUCCCAAGUCUUCCCUUACUCUUCUCUCUCGGCAUUCACUCCAAGCGAACUUGUCAUGUUGUUUGGACAAGCCAAGGAGGACUGGUCUAUCGAGACACUCAUGGACUCUAUCAAGGCCGAUCACGGCUUCAAUAUGGACAGUCGCAGCGUGCGAAACCUGCUCCAGACCAUGAGCGAGUUGGAUAAUCAGGAACGCCGUGACUUCUUGCAAUUUGUCACUGGUAGUCCCAAACUUCCCAUUGGAGGAUUCAAGAGUCUCACUCCCAUCUUCACCGUUGUGUGUCGCCCAAGCGAACACCCAUAUACACCCGAUGACUAUCUCCCCAGUGUGAUGACGUGCGUCAACUACCUCAAACUCCCGGACUAUAGCGACCUGGAGACCCUCAAGAGACGACUCUCCGUCGCCAUCAAGGAGGGCCAAGGCGCCUUCCAUCUUUCUUAG